AUGUUAAUUCCUUAUUUAAAAAAUUCCAACAUACCUUUCAAAGUUUAUCUCUCCCUAUCAUUUCUUUCUUUAUUUUUUCUUUUUAUUUAUUACUUUUUUAUUUUCUUCUUUUUAUUUCUUUUUCUUUUUUCUUUCUUUCAUCCCUCCUUUUCCAUUUUUCUUCUUUCUCUUUUCUUUCUUUCACUUCUUUUUCUUUUCUUUCUCUUUUCUUUACAUUUCUUUCUUUUGUGUUCAUUUAUAUAUUCCUUUCCUUCUUUGUCUCUCUUUCACUUUUCUAUUAUUUUCUUUCUUCGUCUUUUCUUGCUUUGUUUCUUUCCUCCUUUUUCAUUUUCUCCCUUUCUAUUUUCUUUCUUUCUGUUCUUCUUUCUUUCUUUCACUUUUCUUUUCUUUGUUUUUUUUCUCUUUUCUUUACCUUUCUUUUCUUUCAUUCCUCCUUUUUCAUUUUUCUUCUUUCUUUCCUUCUCUUUUAUUUCUUUCUUUCUUUCACUUCUUUUUCUUUUAUUUCUCUUUUCUUUACCUUUCUUUUUCUCUUGCUUAUUUUCUUCUUUUCUUUCAUUCACUUUUCUAUUAUUUUCUAUCUUAUCUUUCAUUUUUCUUCUUUCUUCCUCUUUUCUCUCUUUCUUUUUUCUCUUUCUCUUUCCUUUCACUUCUUUUCUUUGUCUUCUAUUCUUUUUUCUUUCUUUUUCUCUCUUACUUUUUCCUUGUUUCUUUCUUUCUUUCUUUGUUGCCUCUUACUAA